UUUUUUGCAGUUAGGCCAAGUAGGUUUAGGUUCAGGUUGAGGCUAAGAAUCAGAGAAAUACUCGUCUGAGACACCAUCGUGAUUCAUGUCUUCCUCACCAUUGGAGUAGUUUUCAUUCAUAUUUUGUAGCAACGCUAACGAAUAUAUUAGGCUUAAUCACUAUCGGAAACGGGGCCCUGAUUUAUUGGCUAGAAAGCAUUUUACUGUAGGCCUACAGUGUGCACUUGAUCAAUAAACUUUGGUUUGAUUAGAAUACUAAUUAGUUAGAUCUCAAUGAGGACAUACCAUAGAGAUAGAUAGAGGACUCAUCAUGGAUAUAACCUGUUUAUGCAUGGACAUUGCCAUUGAGGUCUUCCACCAUUUUAAAGUAGUCAACUGGGUGGGGAAUCCUAUUGGUUGGGAGCAAUCAGCUAAUGAUCAGAGCAUUGUCUUCUUCUUCAAAUUGGGUGUUAUGGUUUGUAAAUGGCUUUAACCUAUAUAACCGCCAUCGAGUGGCCACAAUAAAUUAAUGACACAAGAUUUGGUUCAGGACUCCAGCACUGCAGGUGGCAGCAAAUAACCAAUAUUAGCUUUACACUUUUUUUAAACACAAAAGAAGAAAACUGACUACUUUAAAAUUGAGGUAGCCUAAAUACCUAUGACUGUAUAUAUGAAUAGACAAAGCCAUCGAUCACGUGACAACAUUAAUUCCUAUGUAAAUACUCAAUAGCACAUUGAAGCCAAAUUAAGUCGGUUAAGAUGGCAUCUCAAGGAGACAUAGUAACCGAAAGGUUGCAAGAUCGAAUCCCUUAACUGACUUGCCUAGUUAAAUAAAGGUAAAAUAAAAAUAAACAUACACAGUGUGAGCUACUCCAAGAAGUCAUGUUGCAGUCUUGGUCAGUGCUGCCCAAUCUCAUUGAGUAACUCAAAUUGAAGGGAAACCGGGGUACUGCAGGCUGCAAUUAGUAACUAAAUUAUCCUUACCUUCUUAGGUGUGUGAUUUUAAAAUAAUCUGUUCAAGGACAUACAUCUGGUGUAUUAGAAGCAAUUAUUGUUACCAUGCCUGUCUUCUAAAAACAUUUUUAUUUACACAAAGAUUUUUCCAUUCACUAUAGUGGGGGAUCCUGUUUUACACUUACAAUGCUUGCAGUAUCGCGGUAGGCCUUGCACUUCCAUUGCUUCAAUGAGAGGGGGCACUCAUUCCCCCUGGGCGCUGCCCAAGCGGUCACAGACGCUAAAUCCUCUAUCUAUCUCUGGGACAAGCGCCGAAGAAUGGACAGCGUUCCCGAGAUUCCAAUCUUUACGGAGCAAUUUUUUCGACAGAAAUCAGACAUUCAUAAGUCAAAUAAAUAACAUAGUAAAAUCACAACCAGUACAGUUUUAGUUCCCGAAUCCGGGCCUUUGUCAUGAUGACGAUGACGUAGCACUCUACUACUUAACUGCAGUGGCAGAUUCAAAAACCACAAGUAAUUACGACACACGUUUUACGCCUGCAGGGGUGUAAUCAUUAGUGCACACCUGAGUAAACAGUUGCCAAUACAAAACGUUUUCCAUAGAAAACAAGAGUUUCUAUUGGGCAAAUGUAGGUAGGUCACUACCAAUGAUGUGCGUCAUUGGUCAGUUCCGUUCGCUUUUGUUGGCUGUUUGGUUUCCAGUUAGUAAAUACAGCCCAGGUGUAACACACCCUGAAUAUAUUGCCCAACCCUCUUACCAUGGUAUGCGGCACUUGGCCUACUCUUGGCUGAAAAAGGAGGCCGACCGCUGUCAUGAAAAUGUGUUUGUUUUUAUCUUUACGGUCCAAAAUGCUACCCACAUGCAUAUGAAAAUGGUAAAAGCAUAGGCUUAAAAUAUAUCUCCAAUGAUUUUCACUGAAUUCAGAUACUUCCCUUGUACAGCAAGGCAUCAAAGCAUAAAGGACAACACGAGGAAAGUAGGCUGGUAAAGAUGGAUAAGAGGAGCGGUCUGCGCCUGUGUCACUUUGGGACAGCCAGGCGAAGGCGAUGGUGGGGUCUGAGGAGAAGAUGGAUUUACAUUUACAUCACAUUUACAUUUACAUGGAGGAUGCUAGGGGUGUUUAAGACCAACCAGGAACAUGACUUGUACAGCCUCACCUGUCUUAUGAAAGAGGGCCUGCAUGCUGUCCUACAGACCAGCAACAACACAACAGUACCUGGUCAACUUUCUGCUGAACAUUACAAAUCGGCGGAGACCCAAGUCCACAAGGACUUGGAGAUGCAGACUUUUGCAGGGCCUGUGUUUGCCGGCCUGCGCGGUCCCUGGAUAUAACAGAGGAGGAGUACCAGAGGUCCCUCUCUUCAGACGGCUGCUAUCUACAGUUCAUCAGCAACUCCAAGAGCAAGGCUGAAUUCUUCCUCACGAAUGACAAGAGGUUCUUCCUAAAGACACAGAAUACGCGGGAGGUUAUGUUUUUCCUAUCCAACCUGAAGGCAUAUAUGGAUCAUUUGGAGAAAUACCCCCAUUCCCUGGUGGUCAGGUUCCUGGGGCUCUAUAGCAUUCAAAUUCCAAAUAAAACAAAGUAUUUCAUUGUGAUGCAGAAUGUGUUUUACCCGGACGAGAGGAUUAAUACCAGAUAUGACAUCAAGGGAUGUGAGGUGGGUAGGUGGACUGACCCUGCAUCUACGGGAAACCCAGUUACUAAGAUUCUGAAGGAUAACAACUUUGAAGGAAAGCACAUCAUUCUGGAUAAGCAGCGCUCCUGGCUUGUGGAUCAGGUUGAAAUAGACUCGGCCUUCCUCCGUAGCCUCAAUGUGCUUGACUACAGUAUCCUGCUGGCCCAUCAACCCUUGCACCAAGAUGAGCUGGACAGGAAUCACUCCUUUAGUAACCUGACUAUGCGCACUGUAAAAUCAAUGGACCAAGACAGUCCCGCAGAGGAAGAUCCCCCCACUAUUCCGUUGUUGGAGGGGUACUCUGCUCAACUGGCAUCAGAUACAAUAGACAGUGGGUCAGACCACAUCCAGAACACAGGGGAACACUCUGGCCAUGGAAUCCUCCUCCAGGAGAUAAACCUACACUCUGUAAACUGUACAGAAGCAGAACUCCUGGAGUUCCAAGCUCAUCACCGUAGGCUGCUGCCUAAUUUUAAAAACUCUGUGCAUGUAAUAGACGGACCAAAGCUGCGCUACUUUGUGGGUAUUGUAGACUUUUUCACUGUGUACGGUGUGAAGAAAAGGCAGGAGAACCUGUGGAAGAGUCUGCGCUUCCCUGGCAGAGCCUUCUCCACUGUCAGCCCAGCUACCUACUCCCAGAGGUUCUGCCAGUGGGUGAAGGACCACACCAAGUAAAACAGGGACACUGAAGCCCAUUGAAAGACACAGAAGAGACUGUCAAGUGAAUAUCAAACUUGUUUUGUGAACAGCAUGAACAGUAGGUGGCACCAAAUAGCUUCUGUUGCAGUGGUAGCCUGUUUUUUUAAAAAAUAUAUAUAUCUAUAGAGGAAUUUUACAUUAGUGACAUUGUCCCCCAAACAAUUAUGUGGCAGGUUUCUCAAAAAUCAUGUAUGAAUGUGUAUAAAAUGUAUUGGAAUAAGUCGUGACUAGAGAAUUUAAUAAUAAAACCUGUCACUGCA